AUGGAGAGAUCUGAGAAUAUUGAUUCCCAAAACAAGAAGAUGAAUCUAGAAGAUGAGAGACAUAUGGAAGAAGCUUCUUCAAUGGAGAGAGAGCACAUGUUCGACAAAGUAGUAACACCAAGCGACGUCGGUAAACUAAACCGACUCGUGAUCCCAAAGCAACACGCAGAGAGAUACUUCCCUUUAGACAAUUCCUCAACAAAUGACAAGAAAGGUUUGCUUCUAAACUUCCAAGAUCGAAUAGGAAUCUCAUGGAGUUUCCGUUACUCUUACUGGAACAGUAGCCAAAGUUAUGUAAUGACCAAAGGCUGGAGCCGUUUCGUCAAAGACAAGAAGCUUGAUGCUGGCGACAUAGUUUCUUUUCAGAGAGGUUCUUGUAAUAAAGACAAGCUUUUCAUCGACUGGAAGAGACAAUUAAAGAUUCCUGAUCAUCAUCAAGUCGUUGGAGCUAUGUUCCCUAGGUUUUACUCUUACCCUUAUCCUCAGACUCCGGUAAGUUACGAACAUCACAACCUUUAUCAUCGAUAUCAACGAGAUCUAGGAAUUGGGUAUUAUGUGAAGUCAACGGAGAGAAGUGAUCCAAUGGCUGUAAUUGAAUCUGUGCCGGUGUUAAUGCAAAGGAGAGCACAAGUGGCUACUAUGGCUUCAUCCAGAGGACAUAAGAGGUUGAGGCUGUUUGGAGUGGAUAUGGAGUGCGGCAGAGGCGGCGGAGGAGGAAGUGUGAAUAGCACGGAGGACAAGUCAUCGUCUUCCGGUGGUAGUAUGUCACGUGGGGGCGUUUCUAUUGCUGGUGUUGGCUCUCUACUCCAGUUGAGGUUAGUGAGCCGUGACGGUGAUGAGUCUCUAGUAGCAAUGGAAGCUGCUAGGGCUGAUGAGGAUCAUCACUUGUUUACAAAGAAAGGAAAGAGUUCUUUGUCUUUCGAUUUGGAUAAAUGAUGAUUAAUUAUGAGAUUAAUCACAACUUUAAUACACAUUAUAUAUGACAUUAUACACAUUCUAUAUAUAUAUAUAUAUGACACAAUGAUGAUAUCAGGAUAUAAUAUGUUCUUUAAAUGCUCUUUAAAUGUUUGGAUUUUGAUUCAAAUUUGUUCUUC